AUGGGCAGGCUCAUCAAAAAUCACUGGGCGCGACUAAUUAUCCUGACAGCCUCAGCCUACCAAGUCGCAGGUGCGAUCGAGGGCUUCAUCUGGCCAAAAGUCUUCUGGGACUUCAUUUCGAAGAACCUUGAUGCCGCCGUCUCCCCGAUUCCGGUCCUUCAGACCCUCAAUCUACUCAUGGGUCUCAUCGGCCUAGCCUGGGAGUGGCCCUUGCGACCUCUAGCGGGAUCAUUACCACAUCGCAGUAUUGAACUUCGACUUGUCGUAUACCCUCUCAGCGCUCUGUUCGCUGCACUGCUCUACCAGGGAACCGAUCCUGCGUUGUAUUACCUGAUUGGUAUUGGUGUCUAUUUCUGGGCUUACAGUGAAGGCGAGAUUGUUUGUCCAGAACCUUGGACGUUACCCAAACGGUCGAGGGUCCUUAAAGCUUAG